UUUCUUUCUCUCCUCCAGGCUAAUGUAAGAAAAUUCAAGCCUCUCUUUGACAGGAUCUUGGUUGAAAAAUUCCUCCCAGAAGUGGUGAGAAGACAGUGGAUCAAAUAUUUUGUUCAUACUAUUGGCAAUUUCUGAAUUCUUUUAUCCCCACCUUCCAAAUGAGGAUAAGAACAAAACCUUCUUGUGAAAAUGAGUUCAAUUUACUUAAGCAUAAAGUAUAGUUUUCACAUCAAAGGCUUUCCAUGUAUCCUCAAAUGACAUUCCUUCGUCUGUAGUGGCAUGUCUCCACUAUGCACAGUAUCACAGGUGACUUGUCCACAAACAUAAAAAAUGGCAGCAGGGAAGGGGGCUGGAUGGGCCUUGGGAGAAUAAGGAAUGAAGGGUAUAAAUGAUGGGAUGAAAGCUCAAGAACUGUAAGGGCUGGUUAUUUAAAGAAAGUUUAGCUGUUGUUGAACAAAACCACAUCCCAAACUAUCUUUGAUUAAGCUGAAUCUUUUAUCUGAACACUUAUUUUUGUGACUAGUGUCAAGAGGGCUGAAAGCUAGCCAUGGAAGGACAUUUAUUUAAUUAGAGAGCAUCUCUGAGGCCCACAGCUUGCAUAAAAACCAUGGUUUGGAUUAGACCUCUUGUAAAUAACCAGCCCUAAGAGUUUGAUAGGGAGGUUGGGAUAAGGGGUAUGGUAAAAUUUAAACAGUCAUCCAAAACUAUUUUCCCCCUCCAAUCUAUCAUCAACCUUUGCCUCAGAUUGAAAUCCUCAUGCUAAGGUGAAGUUAUGUGAUCAUUAGAGAACUUAAGAAAUUAAAAAUCAGUAAAAGUUUGAGGAAGUUUCCCUCCAUGACUGAGAGCUUGUAUGGAGUAGGCACAGAUUCAGACCCACUCUUGCUAUUUCUUGAUUUAAGUACUGAUAAACAGCUAUUAGGCAAAGUCAGUUUUAACUCAAGGUAUAUGUUGUGAUUCAAUUUUGUCCUUGGUUCAAAUUUAAUUUUCCUUUGUUUCAAACUCAUUAUCAUACAUUACAAUACUCAAAAACAAAAGAAAAAAAUUUGAAUCAAGGAUAAAAUUGAACCACAACAUACACAUGCAGGCGGUAUUCAAGAUGGCAACUGAUCUUUGACUCUGUAUUUUCUGUAGAAAACAAAAGGAGGUGUUCUCCUUCCUGAGAAAGGCCAAGGCAAAGUGCUAGAGGGUACUGUUGUGGCUGCUGGCCCUGGAAACUGGGAUCACAAAGUAAAAGCUUUUUCCCUGCUAACAAAGUGAAAUAAAUCAUCACAGCUAGUCAAUUGUUUUUGAAAUAGGGAGAUAGUCAUCAUAGUCUGUAGCACCUAGCAAAUUUAUUUGCCCUCUCCUUAACCCUUUUCACUCCCAAGAUCUAAUUAGUAAUUCUCCUUACUACCUGCCAUACAAUUCUUAUGAUGUUAGUUCAGAGAAUUUGGUAUUGGAUCAACUAAUAAUCUCAUAAUUGAUAUUCUUCUCUAUUCUCAUCACCUACCUGCUUGAUAUUGUAUCAGUAUUGUAAGGAGAAAUUCUGUCUUGGUCACUUGUGGGAGUGAAAGGGUUAACCCUUACACCCCCAAAGAGUGCCAAGCAUUAAAUUUCUCCUUACAAUAUCACUCAAACUUUAAGGUCACAAGGACAAAUUUAAGGAAAUAGUCAUCAGUUAGAGAAGCUCCUGAUUGUUACGCAAAUUCUCAUUGUCAGCACCCUAAGAAAUGUCCACAGAACAGUACAGAGAAAUAACCCUUUAACCCCUAAGAGUGAUUGGCAGCUUAUUCCUCCUGGACAUAUCACCCUUGAAUCAAACAUUAAUGUUACAAGAAUAAAGAAUUUGAUCGUUCAACAAAUUCACCUUGGCAGCUUUUUAGGAAAUGGAAUUUGAACAGUAAGGAGAAUAUUCUUAUUGAUGUUUGUGUGGAAAGGGUUAAACUAAAAUACUUUGUUUUGUUUUUAGAACAACCAAAGGAUAGAAGUUAAUGUCAAGGUUGGAGACAAGGUUUUACUACCAGAAUAUGGAGGAACAAAAAUAAAUUUGGAUGAAAAGGUAGGCAUUGUUAUUGGUAGCCUGUAAUCUUCCUGUUUUUCCUGUUUUGGCUGAAAUAAGGCAUUACCAUAUUAUCAAAUGAUAUAAACAGCCCCACGUGCAUUAUCCCACAGAAAACCAUAGAGAAAGGUUGGGUGUGUAUUGCUGGACAAGUUGACGCAAGCCACUCAAAAAAAAAAGCCAUCUGACCCUCGGCACCUGCAUUUACAUAUUCUGAGAACAAGAACAUUGUGGAUUUCAAGUUGGACCAAGCAAAUGAGAAAAUGAUCAAGUUGCAUUUCUCUAUGAAUUUAUGAGUUCCUUUUUCUUACUCAAAGAAAUGAAGGUUAUUAAAGUUUUGGCAAGUACUUCCUAAUUAGGUUGAAAAAAAAAAAAAAAAGGUUCAAAAUUUUGAUCUCGCAUUGGCCAUAGGAUAAAAUGCUUAUUAACUGCGUUUCAUUGGGCCAGAUGAGAAAAUAGCUGGCUUUGGGCCAUGAUGCAGGAACCUUUGGCCCUCCCAGCCACUUAGUCAAUAAGUACAUAAAACAAAGUUGCACUAAAUGCUGGACAUAUUCACUUGGUGUGGACUAACAGGAAUGUUCUCUUCUUAACAGGAAUACUUCAUCUACCGUGACACUGACAUCUUGGGGAUUUUUGAGUAA